AUGUAUAUAAGUCUUGCAUUUAUAUGGCCAACGAAUAAAACAAUACCAUCAAAUGGUGUCACCCAUUCUAAUUGUUCAAUGUUUUGGCUAUACUAUCCAACUGGAAUUGCUGUUGAUAGUAUGGGAAAUGUUUAUAUUGCGAGUUAUUUCUGUAAUUGGGUGACUAAAUGGGCACCCAAUGCUACAAGUGGAACAGUUAUAGCUGGUUCACCUCUAGGUAUAUCAGGUAGCAAUAGUCAAUCCUUAUAUAUACCAUAUGCUCUUGCUUUGAAUGAAUCUAACUCAUUCAUAUACGUAACUGAUCGCUAUAAUCAUCGUAUACAACGAUUUGCUUUGAAUGGCACAGGACCGGGAGUGACGGUUGCUGGUGGCAAUGGAGCAGGUGUGACUGCUAAUCAGCUUUAUGCCCCAACGGAUGUAUUUCUUUCCAGAAUAGAUGGUUCAGUUUACAUUGCGGAUACUAGCAAUAAUAGAAUUCAAAAAUGGCAAAGAAAUGCAACAUUCGGAAUUACUGUUGCAGGAAAUCCCCACGGGAUAGCCGGUCAAGCACCAUAUUUACUGAAUAAGACCUAUAGUAUAGCAAUAGAUUAUGAAGAACAAUAUCUUUAUGUAUCAGACAGUAAUAAUAACCGGAUUCAACGUUUUUUGCUUCCUUAA